AUGGAGAAUAUAAAAAUUGAUUCACCGGUGGCGGCUGGAAAUUCCGAGCGGCAAGUGGCAGAAGAGGAAGCAGAUAGAAGCCAAGCUGCAGCAAGAUCAUACGAGUGCGCCUUCUGCAAGAGAGGCUUCUCCAACGCGCAGGCGCUAGGAGGCCACAUGAACAUGCACCGCAAGGACAAGCAGCAGCGGGUCAAGCUCAAGCAUUCCUCUAAGCUGCUGCACAUCAAAACCACCGAUCAAUCCAAUAUCGAUGCAAUUAUUCCUCCUCCUCCUACUGAUUCUGCGGAAGAGAAAAUGGUGAUUAUUAGUCCUAGCAGCGAGCAGUGGCCGCCUUGGAUUAAUUUGGAAAAACCUCAGCAGCUGCCAUUGUUUGCUGAAACGGCGUCGCCGGCCCACCGGAAUAGAGAGGCCGGAAAAAGGUUAUCGUCCGGCAGCGCUGAUGAAAUAAUAAGGGCGCGGGAGAGGAGUUGGAUCUUGAGCUUAGGUUGGGGCAUGAGCCCGCUCAACAGUACUUGACUGCGGCUACUGCUUAUAUGGAGAAGUUCUUCUAAUCAAAAUUGCAUUUUGUGGCGUUUACGGUUCUCUCUCCUUUUGCACUCCGUUCAUAUUAA